GCCCCCUUUGUGUUCUUCACCCUAAAACCCUAAAAUCGUUAACAGAGAAAGAGAGACAGAAGAACAAGACCAAGUUAGCUCAAGCCUCAAGAUGAUUAUCCCUGUUCGUUGCUUCACUUGUGGAAAGGUGAUUGGAAACAAAUGGGAUCAGUAUCUUGAUCUUCUCCAGCUUGACUACACUGAAGGGGACGCCCUUGAUGCGCUCCUGCUAGUCAGAUACUGCUGCAGGCGUAUGCUAAUGACUCAUGUUGAUCUGAUUGAGAAGCUUCUCAACUACAACACUCUGGAAAAAUCAGACAACAGUUAGAAGAGGAUGCAAAUCUGCUGGAAGAGUUUUCCUCUUUAGAGGCUUAAAUAUUAGUAUGUAUGAAAACACUUGUUCUCUGUGGUGUAGAACCUUAAAUUCCAUCUAAAUCAUAUGUAUGUCACUACUUUCUCGUGUGUGUGAUUCAAUAUCAUAUUUUCUGACCUGAAUGAUUUGUCCUUUUGAGAUGUUCACGUUUCUUUGA